CUGUGCAUUAAUUGUUCUGCUAUUUGAUAAUCUUGAUGUUUGUCUGCAGGGUGUGUGUGUGAUUAAAAAAACUCUUGCAGGAGCAUCAAAGUGAUGUGAAGCUACCUUCCAAGAUGACUCUCUUAACAGGAGAAAAUUCUGAUUAUGACUAUAGUGCCCUGAGCUGUGCUUCAGACACUUCCUUCAACCACACAUUCUUUCCAGAAACAGAAGCCCUCAAGGGUGUCUUCUACCAAAGAGCCAAGCUAAUUCACCCUGAAAAUGAUCUCUUUAAAAGCAUUCACCCUGAAGACCGAAAGCACCAUAUAAUUAUAAAUGUAGGGGGCAUUAAAUACUUGCUCCCAUGGACCACACUUGAUGAGUUCCCCCUGACGCGCUUGGGACAAUUGAAAUUUUGCAACAAUUUUGAUGACAUUCUAAACAUCUGUGAUGAUUACGAUGUGACAUGCAAUGAAUUCUUUUUUGAUCGCAACCCAGGAGCCUUCAGGACAAUCCUGACAUUUCUGCGGGUCGGGAAGCUUCGGCUCUUGCGAGAGAUGUGUGCUCUUUCUUUCCAAGAGGAGCUGCUCUACUGGGGUAUUGAGGAGGACAACCUGGACUGGUGCUGCAAGAGGAGGUAUCUGCAAAAAAUGGAGGAGUUUGCUGAACUGAACGAAAGGGAGGAUGACCUCAUAGAAAACGAAAACCCGGGUGAGACAGUGGAGGAGACAAAAGUUAGCCUGUGCAUGAAAAAUUUGCAAGACAUGGUAGAGAGGCCUCAGUCUGGACUUCCUGGAAAAGUGUUUGCCUGUUUAUCUGUAUUGUUUGUGACCAUUACUGCAGUGAACCUGUCCAUCAGCACCAUGCCUGACUUGAGGGAGGAGGAGGAGAAAGGUGAAUGCUCCCAGAUGUGCUACAAUAUUUUCAUUGUGGAGUCUGUCUGCGUGGCGUGGUUUUCACUGGAGUUCCUGCUAAGAUUCAUCCAGGCAAAGAGCAAGUUUGCAUUUUUGAGGAGGCCACUGACCCUGAUUGAUAUUAUUGCCAUUCUGCCCUAUUACAUCACUUUGCUAGUAGAUACCACCUCUGUGGGUUAUAAAAAGCCAAGUUCUGGAAGCAUCUACCUGGAUAAAGUCGGGCUGGUGCUCCGUAUACUCCGUGCCUUGAGGAUUCUGUACGUGAUGCGGCUGGCCAGACACUCCCUCGGCCUGCAGACUUUAGGGCUCACCGCUCGUAGGUGCACUCGUGAAUUUGGACUCUUGCUGCUCUUCCUUUGCGUGGCCAUUGCACUUUUUGCACCGCUCUUGUAUGUCAUUGAAAAUGAGAUGGCAGAUUCACAGGAGUUCACCAGCAUCCCUGCAUGCUACUGGUGGGCUGUAAUCACCAUGACAACAGUAGGCUACGGCGACAUGGUUCCCAGAAGCAUUCCAGGCCAGGUGGUGGCAUUAAGCAGCAUCCUAAGUGGCAUCCUCCUCAUGGCAUUUCCCGUCACCUCCAUUUUUCACACAUUUUCCCGCUCUUACAUUGAGCUAAAGCAAGAACAGGAAAGAAUCAUGUACAGGAGAGCACAGUUCUUAUUAAAAGCAAAGUCUCAGCUGAACAAUGCAUCACAAGGGAGUGACAUUAUAUUUCCCACUAUCUCUUCUGAGACUAGGAACAAUGAAUAAUAUUUACAUCUGUCUGAUGUUGGGCAAUGUUUUGCAGUGAUAGAUCCCAUCUUAUCAUUUGCUUUAGAAGCUUUUAAAAAAACCUUUAUGCAAAUAGCAAGGAAAGAGUUGUUAGCCUGUGAGCUGAUGUGGUUUGAGAAACCAGUUAUUAAUUUUAUUUUUGUCCUUCAAUAAAGUGUACAGCUAAUACAGUGUUCCCUUUAAAUUAUUAGUUCUUUAAGUUAUCUAUGACCAAAAAUGAGAACAACAAAACGUUAUGUAUCUGGCACAAGCUGUUGUCAUUUGUAAUAUUAAUUUUCCAAACAAGCCAUAAUGUACGUAUAAAUGUUGAUCAUAAAGAAGGUUGGCCUUCUUUAUUUUCUUGUAGAUAAAUACUGUAAAUAAAAUAAAUUCAGAGCUAAAUUCA